AUGAAGCUCAUCAUAACCGGGGCAACUGGAUUUGUAGGUUCGGAAGUCGUCCGCCAGGCCCUACGAUCAAAUCAGAUCUCUUCGGUCAUCGCGGUGGCCCGAAAGCCCGUAGAAUCCGGCGCGGGCAUUGAUACGUCGAAGUUAAAGAGCGUCAUCAUCAAGGACUACGCGGAUUACCCUGAGGAGGUGAAGAAAGAGUUUGCUGGCGCGGACGCGUGUAUCUGGACGGUAGCCAUAACUCCCACGAAGUCCAAGACGUAUCCAUGGGAUGAAGUCAAACGAGUAUGCCAACAUUCGACAAUUGCAGGUAUGAGGGCGAUACAUGAAGCAGGGCCAAACAAGCCGUUCCGUUUCCUCUACGUGAGCGGCGUGACGGCGGAGCGGGACCAGACUAAGAAGCCCGGCUGGUUACCAGAGUACACUCUGAUGCGCGGUGAGACCGAAACGCAAGUUCUCACCUUCGCCGCGGAACAUGGUUACGAGGCGGCUGCAGCUAAGCCGGGCCUCAUCAGCUCAAAUCAAACGGUAGCAAGGUCAAUUUUAGGCACGUUUAUGAGAGUCACCGGAGCGUUUCCGAAUGUCAAGGUCGAGGAAAUCGCGGCGGCUAUGUUACAGCAAGCCGUGAAUGGGUUUGAGAAAGAGCCGCUGGAGAAUGCGGAUCUGGUUCGUAUCGGACAGGCGGCUCUAAAGGACCAAGAAUCGAGAGCUAAUUGA